AUGCUGGAGCUAAGCGCUGGCCCUCGCGGCGUCCUGGAGCUGCGCGCCGGCCCUCGCACAAUCCCUCGAGCCGUCCCGGAGCUGCGCGCCUCCCUUUCGGCCUCCCGCCCGUCGCCGCUCGAGCUGUCCUGGAGCAGCGCGCUGCCCUUCGUCGUCGCUCGAGCUGUCCUGGAGCUCGCGCCGCCCUUCGAGCCGUCCCAGAGCAGCCUGCCGCCCGUCGAGCCGUCCCCAGAUCUGGGCGCCUUCCCUCCGGCACAGGCUCUUCGCACUGAGCGUUGUGGUGCUACUCUAGCUCCCCGGAUCCGCACGUCGGGCAGGAGGCAGGAGCUACGAGCAGAGGGCAGGAGGCCAGGAGCUACGAGGAGAGAAAUUCCAGGAUGUGGCAAGUUUAAAGACAAGGUACUUCAAAAUGAAGAUGAGUUGAAGGUUAUGUUUGAAGACCUUCGUAAUACAGGUGAUGACCACUUUUGUGCUUCAUCAGGUGUAAUUCCUCAAAGUCCUAAUGGUGGCUCGAAUGGUGGUGAUGAGGAGGCUGAGUCAGAUGAUGACAGUGAGCCAGAAGAAAUAACACCAAGUGGCAAGGGCAAAGGCAAGAGACCUAGUGGUGAUGACAAAGACAAGGGAAAAAAAGCGAAGACAAGUGGAGGCAAGUGGAUAGAAGACCAAAUUAGUAAAAUUGUGUCCUUAAAUGAGAGAUCCACAGCUUCUGUUGAGUCAAUGGCAAGAAGGGAGGACAACUUAGGGUGUUCCAUCAAGGAAGUAAUGGCCAUUGUGAAGGAGUGUGGUGCUAUUCCUGGUACAAAUCAACACUUCAUUGCUUCUGAAUUAUUCACUAAGAGAGCUGAGAGGGAGAUGUUUAUGACUUUGGACACUCCAGAAGACCGGUUUGUCUGGCUCACUAUGAAGCACUUUGUCAAAUAUGGUCAUGUGUAAGGUUUUGAGACAUGUUUGUUACUUUAUGUGGAGUCAGAAUACAUUCAAGCAUUCAGGGGAGACAAUCAGUAGGAAGUUUGAUGAUGUGUUGCAUUGCCUAGUUCGGAUGGCUAAAGAUUACAUAAGACCUCAGGACCGUAACUUCUCCGAUGUGCACAGUAGGAUUAGUGGUGACCAAAGGAUGUGACCAAAUUUUAAGGAUUGCAUUGGAGCCAUUGAUGGAACACACAUCUUAGCGACACCACCUCCUCGAGAUUAUGUAAGAUACAUUGGCAGAUCAGGGACUUCAACCCAAAAUGUUAUGGCAGUGGUUGAUUUUGACAUGCGUUUCACCUAUGCAUCUAUUGGACAGCCAGGUUCUAUGCAUGACACAAGUGUGCUAUAUCAUGCUAUAGAACAUGAUACACAAGCCUUUCCACAU